AUGUCUAGAAUCUCUUCUAGCUCCUCGCUGCAACUACAAUUCCGUUCCCGAUCGUUGCCGACUGAUGGCACUUGUCGGCUCCGCAGAGACCAUUUCAGCUUGGUGGUCGUAGCGAACCCCGGUGCGGAAGGCGGCCAUGCGGUACAUCUGGACUCGAUGUUGGGCGCGCACUGUGACCAUGUCGAGAAGUUGGUGCGGAGGCUGCUCUCGUACGCCCCGGCGGCCAUCGAUCCAAGCUUUGCCGUGACACAAGAUGGCCUUUCCCAGCGAUUUUCUGAGACUAACUUCGCCUUCACGUCGGCACCGGUCCCUCAACAACCCAACAGCUUCGACUGUGCCAUAUUCGCGCUACAGAAUUUAGAGCUUCUCCUAACGGACCUGACGCUUAUAGAAAAGCUGCGCCUCGGUCAUGACGCGACCAACUUGUACGACCCAUCUGUUGCCUUUCGAAAGAGAGAGGAGCUGCGCGCGUUGGUCUUCAACCUGGUCGGUGUACCCGACCCGGCCGCUCCUCUUGCACCACAAGGAUCGUUUCAAAACUCCUCGGCAAACACGAAGCACAUGAUGUGCUCAUCGUCGCAGCCUUGUCGUCUGCUGCGCAGGCUCUUGCAAAGGAUGAAGAAAUCGGGCGCUGUUUGA